AUGAGUCGUCGGUUGUGUAUGGUAGGCAUCAAUGCACGUCCCAUAUGGACCGGUAAUCUAGGGAAUAAAAGCACCAAUAGUCUUGCCAAGAUGCCACUUGCCAUUCGAUGCCUUCGGUUUUGUGCGGCCUAUUCGUCAUCUUCACAUGUGUUAGGGCGAUGGCGCCACAAACUUCACCUUUGGAUCGAGCAUACGAAGCCCGUGGCCAAAGACAAACUUAUUGAAUGGAACCAUAAAUGGAAUGACUACUCAGGAUACGCUGAAAUCAAUGCACUAAAAGAACAAGUGCAGCGACAAAGCGAUCGACUUAGUGAGCUGCAACAUAACAAGAACGUAGCCAAGAUGGUAUACCUGCAGGCUGUUUCGGACCGGUCUGCAUCACAGCGGCGAAUUAAUGAUCUGCUUUCGCGCAAAUCAAGCUGGAAGGAUGAUGACUUGACGGAGUACACAACUCUUUUGCACUCGGAGCAUAAUCACGUUCGAGCAGAGGAACGAAGUCAACAUGAAUAUGAGCGCACUGAAUCGGAAAUGCAGCGAGGAUUUGAUGACUUGAUGCGCAGUGUUAUGCGUCGAUACCAUGAAGAACACCUUUGGAGCGACCGCGUACGGAGUAUUAGCACCUAUGUGAGCGUGGGACUCGGUAUACUAAACGUGAUGGUGUUUAUUCUCGCUCUCUUCUUUGUCGAGCCGUUUAAGCGCCGCCGUCUGGCACAGACACUUGAAACGCGCUUAUUGACCAGCGAAGAUGCAUUUCGAGAGCGUAUGCAAACUGUGCUAGUCUCUGUGGACGAACGCCUUGCAAAUAUGGAAUCGAUGCUGAGUCUGCCUGAUGCGCCCCAGUCGAGCACUGCGCAUUCAAUACCUAAGCUUGGCACAAAUUUCUUGUGGGUGUCUGAUAUAUUUUCUUGGUUAAGUAUCUGCGGGACAUAUGUGGCCAAAGUGUGGAAUCAAGUCAAUGUUUUCACGGCGCCGCAAGAAUUAGCCCGCAUCACAGCUACGUCAACAGGCGUCGUGAUCGGUGGCGUAUUCUCUUACCUACUCCUUUUGCUUAUCAUAUGA